UGGCGAAGCAGCUCAGUGCAUGCUAGAAGUAGUGGAUUCUGAGAUUGCUGAUAUUAUUGAGAAUGAAAAAGCUCUCAAUGUGAAGCCUCUAUCAGGUCACUGCCUUGGUGAAACCUCAAAACAGACUAAUGGCUCUUUAUCUUCCUCAUGGUGGCCAUCUUUCACAUGGUUAUCAGGUAAUCACAUUUCCAUCAUACUUAUUUCUUUUUGCUUGGAAUCACCAAAAUCUUCAUCUGUUAGGAAGUUUAGAAGUUCUUCGCCUAUCACAUAUUGCCUCCUCUGCUUCAUGGCAAGACAUGAAGGAAUUGGUGCUGCUGGUUCACUUGCAGCAGCAAGGGGGGAAAAAGACUAGGGAUGCAAUAGGGAGGAGCUUCUGGUUUUGGCAACAGGGGAUGCAAAAAGAGGGGCUAUUGAUUUUGGCAUGAAGAGCUUCCAGUUAAUGAAGGAAGUUGAUCUACUACAGAUGAAAAGUGCUGGAGUUUUUUUUUUUUUUUUUUGCUUCAAGGAUGACUGGAUUUGGUAGUAUUAAGGAGCUAAGAGGAGUUAUGACCAUUUGCUAGCUUGUUAUACUUUAGAAUGCUGAUUUGGUAGUAUUCGAAUGCUGAUUGGGAGAUUUUUGUGUUGAGG